GCUUCGACGCAAUGAGAAGGGGGAAAUGUUUCCGUUCCGAGGCGUUUCCGUUACUCAAAUAAAACAUCUUCUUUAAAACAAACUGACAUUAUUCAUCAGAGUUGAUGUAUGUGUUUAUAUGGCGCGAGCGUUUGAUCCGCGUUCACGCGCUCAGCCUGAAGAUUAGUACCACAACGGUGUGACAUAAAGGAAGAUCUUAGUUCAAUUCAAUUCAACUCAAGGACACCAAACCACUGCACAUUUAUUUAAGUGGUGACAGGUAUGGCAGAGUUGCUGCAGUUGCUCCUUAGUGUAUCAGAAAAGGCCGCUGAUGUGGCUCGAGUUUGUCGUCAGGAGGCGCCGCUGUUUGAAUUGCUGGUACAGGAAAAGACUGGAGCUGAUAAAAACAAGAAAUUUGUCCAGGACUUUAAGACGCUUGCUGAUGUGCUGAUACAGGAAAUGAUUCGCCAUGAUGUUUGUGCUCAGUUUCCAGAGUUGACUGGCUUUAUUCAUGGAGAGGAAUCUAACAAAUUUGAAAAUGGACAUGGAGAGAGUGUCACAGUGACAGUAUGUGCUCAGGAAGAUGACACUACAACACUGUUGGCUAAAGUUCUGGAUGGUGAUCAGACCGCUGCAUCUCUCCUGUCGAAAGCAAUCCACCAGAACCUGCAGCUGAGAGACGAGUUAGCAGAAUCUCUGCAGCUGUCACUUUGCCCCGCAGACCUGGCCAUCUGGAUCGACCCCAUUGAUGGUACGAGUCAGUACAUCGAGGGGAAGGAGGCAGAGGAGCAGGAUGAAGGUUUUUGUCCAUCUGGAUUGCCAUGUGCUCUGGUUUUGAUCGGGGUUUACUUACGAGCCACUGGUCAACCCGUGAUGGGUGUCAUAAACCAGCCAUUCAACCACAAAGACUCCAAGGGUAAAGGAUGGAAGGGCCAGCAUGUCUGGGGUGUGUCGUAUGAAGAUGUGAACGUUUGCUCAUUGACGGAGCGGAGAUUGCCAUGUCAACAGAAGAGCGGUCAUGUGUCAGUACUGCUCAGCUCAAGCGAGAGACCGGCAGUGAAGGAUGCGCUAGAACCACUUUCCAAUGGCGCGCUGAUGUAUGCAUCCGGCGCGGGCUACAAGAUCUUGUGUGUGAUCCAGGGCCUGGUGGAUGUGUAUGUACUGUCAGAAGGUAGCACAUUUAAAUGGGACUCCUGCGCUCCUCAUGCGGUGCUGCGGGCGCUGGGCGGUGGCGUGUUGGACCUCAGCGAGUGUCUACGUGCUCACACUAACGGAAGCGUGACACGUGGAGCUGAACUGACCUACCACAAGCCCCAUAACGGAGGUCAAGGUGUAGAGAAAUGGGCAAACCAGGGGGGAAUAAUCGCAUAUUUGGACUCCAGAGUGAUUGAUAAAGUCGUAGCGGCACUUGCUGGAAAGAUAUAACAAAAUAUCAUGAUAUAAUCGCUUAGGAUGUGCAUGCAGGUUUAUGUAUGUUUCUAUUUUUUAUGCAUAAUCUUUUGUCCUAUAUGACGUAAUGUAAUUAUUAUGAUAAAAUAUUUAGUGGCAUAUUUAAACAUUUAAAGCUGUAACUCUUAAUGAAAAAAAGAGUAAUAAAUAUACAGUGACUCAAUAUGCAAAGUCUCAAAUAAAUAUACAGUAGGGCUUAAAAGUCCGCACUGAAAAUCUGUUAUUCAAAAAGUUAGGUUUUUGGUUUUUUUAAACCAAGCUUUUUAAUGAGUAAGAAAAAUGUAAGAUUCUGCAAUUUCUAGGUCAAUAAUCAAAUGUAAGCAAAUUUAUGACAUGUACAUUUUGUACUGUACAAAGGGUCAGAUUUACUUGUUUACAAUGAAGCAUCCAAGAUGCCUUUUGGAACAUUAUCAAAUAAUGCAGGGAGAACAUGGAUCAUCAGGUUUGUUCAUGUCAUCUUGCUGUCAUUAAAGUAAAAGGGGAGCAUACCAAACAUUAUGAAUACUAUUAAAUUCAAGUAAAUAUUUACUGUAAAUAUCUCAAUUCAGCUUUUCAAUUUUGCAUGCUGAUUAUAUAAUUUGUAAUGAAUAUGAUAUUUUUUUGCUCUUUUUUUUUAUUUCAUUUUUUUAAUUGCUGCAAAAAUUAGAAAAUUGCAAAAUAGACGCAUUUUUGCAAAUGGAAAGUGUCAUGAUAUUGUUGUAGUUUAUGACAUUUAAUUCUGUGCUGCACUAAAACAUAAAACACAAAUGUCACAGAUGAUGUUACAUUAAUAACAGUUUAAUAGUUAUUAACAGUUACACGAGAUAAAAGGAAAGCCAGAAACUGACAGGUGUCUAUCACAUUUAUUGCAGGCUGCAUAUUACCUGGACUAUCAUGCGAAACGUGAUUAUUUUGACUUGUGUUAUUGUUUGUUAAAAAUAAACAAAUAAAUAAAUAGAAAUAUUUCC